AUGACACAGAACCUAACAUCCAUUGCUGAUGAAUAUAAUAUCAACCUAUCUAUUGAAAAUGGGAAAUCACAUUUGAGUCAGAAUCAUGGAAAACCAGCAAUUACGGUAGAUUCAAGUACCAAAAUUGGGCCAUCAGUUGAAAGAUUGACUAUUACAAAAAAUGAUACAGAAAAAGGAUCUUUUAAAUUAACUGGAUUACCUUCUGAGAUCAUAUUAAGUAUAACAAACAAUUUAUCACAAUUUGAUGCAGCAAUUACGGUAGAUUUAAGUACCAAAAUUGGGCCAUCAGUUGAAAGAUUGACUAUUACAAAAAAUGAUACAGAAAAAGGAUCUUUUAAAUUACCUGAAUUACCUUCUGAGAUCAUAUUAAGUAUAACAAACAAUUUAUCACAAUUUGAUGUAUUAAAUCUAAUAAAAACAUGCUCAAAAUUAUACGGUCAAGUACUACCGCAAUUGUAUAAACAUGUUAUAAUUGAUGUGAAUUUUGAAACUUCUAACAAUCAAGAAUAUAAAACUAUUGGAAGAACAUAUAUAAAUAAUUAUUAUAAGUUAAAGAGAUUCGUAAAAACAUAUGAUGACAAAAGUGAUAGUGGUUCAGGUAAGAUCAAGAUAUAUAAGUUUGAAUGUUUAAAAUUACCGGAGCCAAUGUUGAAUUCUGAUGAUCAUCUUAUGAUGGAAAUGAUUCUUCUAUUUCAAAAAUUUUACAAUUUGACUUCAUUAAUUUGGUUAGACAAAAAAUUUCGAGUGGAAUACUUAUAUUCUUUAAAAAACAAGGAAUUGAUUAACACAUUGAUUUUAAACAUUACAUCUGAUGCAAUUAAGAAAAAUAAAUGUUCAUUGUAUGAAAAUUAUGGUAAAGAUGAUACUAUUCACCAAAUUUCUAAUUUAAAUUUUCCUAAUCUUAUUGAUUUUCAAAUUAAACCUUUUCAAAAUUCAAAAAUAUUACUUAAUAUAAUCAAUAAUAUAUUAAUUAAUCAAAAUAAUCCUAUUGAAGUUUGUAAUAGACUAAAAACUUUAAGCUUUUUUGGUGGGGAUGUGGCAUCUGUAAUGAUUCCAAAUAAAGAUAUUAUGGAAUGUAUCUUUGAAAAAAGUAAAAUUCAAUAUUUGAACAGCUUAACUUCACUUUCUAUGGGUAAUAUGAGGAUUCAUAGAGAUGAUGCAAAAUAUUUAAAGAAUUCAAUCAAUUUAAAAAAUUUAAAAUUUUUACAAUUAAGUGGAAUAGAACAACUUACUUUUAAUGAAAAUGAUGCUAAUACUAUUAAUACUUUUAGAUCAAAGUUUUUAACGGAUAUAGCUCCGCUUUUGAAUAACCUAACUCAUUUGUCAAUAAAUAUUGAUCAAGUGAUUAAUACAAUACCACUAUUUUUAGAAGAUUUUGCUCAAAAUAAUACUACGCUAAAAGUCCUAGAUUUAUCAACUUUAUCUCAUCCUGAUUUAUUUUCUUCAAUAAGUAAAUUUAAAAAUUUGAAAAAAUUAUCAUUAGAAGCUCUGGAUUCAGUGAAUUCCCCCAUGUGUCUGUAUUUAAACAAUGAAUAUUUUGAAAAUUUUGAAUCAUUAAAUUUAAAAUCGUUAAGAAUACAUAGUAAUGGAUUUGAUUUAAAAGGUUUCAAAAAAUUUAUAUCUUCUCAGAAAAAUUUGAAAUAUUUAGAUAUUAUGGGUGCAAAAUAUGGUGAUGCUCCAACAUUAGGUUUAGAUGUGACUCAUCCAACUAUGUAUGGUAAUCAUUUUAAGGUUCAACAAAUUGCAUUAUCGAAUUUGAAAUUGAAUUUAAAUUUGAAAUAUAUUAGAAUUAAUGGUAGUUUAUUUCAUUGUGAAUCAAAUUUAACUCUAAAUUCAAUUGAUGGUUUAAAUUUUUGGUUUAAAUCUAAAGUUAGAUGCUUAAGUUUAUUGGAUAAUGGAUGA